CAUAUAUGUUUGUCGUAGCAGGUUGAAUGCUCCAGCCACUGUCAUCCUUAGAUUUUGACCGCCUCUUCUUGCAGGAAACGACAACCCACCUCUCAAUUUUGCUGGAAGCACAUCUGCCCAUCUACAGUCCGCCGUUUAUGUAGCAUAUAUAGUUCUUGACGAGCGGAACCGCUCGUACAGUCCCUCCGGCCCUCAUCUACUCCAUCCAAUUAAUUAAACGCAUAUAUAGAUUUUAAUUUGUGUUCACUCAAGUUCAAUCAAACGAACAAGAUCAGAAAAAAUACUUCAAAGACCGGAGGAGUUUCAAGCAGAUGCGUAGGAAACGAGAAAUUAAUUACUUGCUGAAUGCUGAGUCAGAGUGUGAGAUAGCCUUGCUGAAAAUCCAUGGAGAGGUAGAAGGCGUGGGUUUUUUCCCAUUCCAGCUCAGCCGCACAUGGCAAAUACGUUGUUCCGAUCUGUUGGAGACCGUUUUUUUACUUCCACUCAAUUUUUAUUUACGUGGCAGUGCAUUCUUAAAAAUAGAAAGGCCCAAUAAAGAUGCUCUUAACUUCUCUCCCACUUUUCUAGGCACACUCAUAAUUGUAAAACCAUCUACCCACCAACUAGCUAGUACUUGCACGUAUACUUUUUG